GACUACCUAUCGAUCAAACUUCACUCAUUUCCAGUGUCAACAGAGUUGAAGCUUUCUAUUCUUCAAAAUGCCAAUGAGAGGCAAAAAAAAUCUUAGAAGGAAGAGUCAAGUAGCCAUAGGAAUUCCAGAACCCUUCAGAGAUUCACUACUUGAUAUACUCCACGAUAACUUGGAGCAAGCGAAGAAAAACAUUUAUGUCAACCGAAUAAUUUAUCUGGGAGAACAUUCUUUCGACACCGAAGCGGAAGAGGGCGUAUCGGACGUUUUCCGAGAGAUAGUGAAGGAAAUCAACAGCGGGUAUAAUGAUGAAAUCUUGACAGGAAUUUUUCUGCAUUACAAAAAAUACUUCGUCCACAUGCUGGAAGGCUCGGAAGACACUAUAAUGAAGCACUUCCACCUCCUGAUGGAAACCGACGUCUACCACAAAUUCGCAAAGAUGAAGUUGGUCCUUCUAGUCAAUCACAUCAAUCAGCGUUUCGUAAUCGAAUGGAUGGAUAUACCGGGAAAACCAGCAACGCUUCUCGAGAAAAUCGACCCGGACUCCGACAUGGAAAAAUCCGGCAGAUACAUCUUCAACUGCGUGCAGAAAGUAUACCAAUUGUGCCGGGAGAUCCGCGAGAUAAAAACGCGCAAUGACAAUGACGAUGAUUCGACGAUAGACUUCAGGGCGAAGCCUGUCGAGCCCACAACUGGCAGUCUCGAUAGCACCUUGUAUGAAGAGGUCCUCAAGGCUUUCUAUCCGGAGAUCAAUCUGCUCCAGUUUUUGGUGCAGACGAGGUUCUUGAGGAAUCUGGAGGACUACAUCAACAUUUAUGGCUGUCCUGUAGUGCCUGAUACGUACCAGGAUGAGGUUUGGCCUAUCCCCAGUACGAUGGUUCCUUAUACCAUCUUCGAGAAGCCGAAGGAACUAUGUGUUGAUCUGCCGACUCAUAAGACUGGACAGGUUGAGGAAAUUGUGCUGGAUGAUGAGGCGCAAGUGGACGCGCCGGAACAGCAGUGACAUCUGAAUGUUCAGAAGUAAUUAUAAAGAUCUAACACGGAAUUUGAUUUUGGAAGGUAUGGAUGUACCAUAUCAGAAUUUUGAUGCGGUAAACUGAAACUAUAAUAUUGCUUGAAAUAUAAGGAAUGAUCUAUUUUUCGGGUGAAAAUAUCAAUAAAUGAAGUGGAUGAGAGUA